AUGAUGAAGAAGCAUCUCUGCCUUAUCGUCGCCCUACUCUGCCCUUCGCCCGCUGUGCAUGGCUACAUCUGGGCAUGGAUGUACUCAUUGCCUUAUCAGAGCCCCAGUGAGGUGGCAUCCUUCAAAGGUGCUGGACCAUCACCAAGCCAGGACCUUAAGGUGACUGCAUGCAGUCCGGAGGUUCAUUGCCCCCAGGGGUUCUUCUGUGACCGCCAUUUUGGACUCUGCCUCAUCUUCCGAGAAGAAGGGGAGUACUGCCGUCGGGACGCCCACUGUGCCAGGGGUUUGAGCUGCAUGUUUGGCAAAUGCCACCCAACUGUGCCAGGCGGGCAGGAAGGUGCCCGCUGCCACCAGGAUAAAGACUGUGGUCCUGAUGCCUGCUGUGCCCGCCUCCAUGGGGAGAUGGUUUGCAAGAAGCGGCUGCAUUUAGGUGAAGGAUGCUAUAUCCCCCAAGGAGGUAUUGCAUUCAGCGUGAACCAAGUGUGUCCCUGCCUAGAAGGGCUAGUUUGCAGAAGGACCCCUCCUAACCCCAAGAUACCAUCUGAGUACUGGCCAGAUAAAGGCGACUGGCGAUGCCAGAAAAAAUAA